AUGGCCGCCGAACCCGUCGCCUCCAACCCGUCUCUCGCGGCAUCUGGCUAUAUGGUGUCAUCGGUUGAUAAAUACUCGUACGGCUCGGACGAUGAAGUUGCCUCUCUGCCCUCAGAAUCGACCUCGAGUUCGGAUCUGGAUGCACUUUCGGAUGAUUACUCGGAUGCAGAAGAGGAAUGGAGAGAGAGCAUUGAACAGCUGGAAUUGCUCUUGUCGAUGGUUCUUGUGCCGUUUGUGGGGAAGUACUUGGGGAGAAAGUGCGCUUACUGGAGCUGGACUAGAUUCAUGCAAUGGAAGUACCCCGUCGAAGUCGUCGUGAACAACCAAGCUUCCUUUAAGGGAACCGGUGCCAUGGCUGCGCUCUAG